GUGCUUCCCAGGCAUCCAAAGAGGAGGAGAAAGCAAGCGGAUCCCAGCACGAAGGGCCAGGUGGAGCUAAGGUGCCCUCAGAAUCUGCUGCGGCCAAGUCGUCGAGUGCUGUGGCAGAAACGUUCAGAGUUAUUCAGGGGGCGAUGAGUGAAGAGUACGUGCGAACUACUCAGGGCGUCUUUCAGUUUGAACUGUCGGGUGAUGAAGGAGGCACUUGGUACAUUGACCUGAAAACCAAGGGCGGGAGCGCUGGUUCCGGGAAGCCGCCUGUGACGGCCGAUGUGGUUAUGAGCAUGUCGAGUGCCGACUUUGUGAAAAUGUUCACAGGUAAGCUAAAGCCAACCAUGGCUUUUAUGCCAGGAAAAUUAGAUGUUAAAGGUGACAUGGUGCUAGCAAUGAGUCUGGGAAAGAUGCUGCCACAGUUAAUUUUUGAACUGUCAGGGGAAAGCCUUUCUAGCAGAACACUGGUCUGUAGAAUCGUGAUGUAUAUGAUCAUAUGAUCUUAUAGAAUCAUGGGUUGCACAACAUGUUUCCAGUGCACAGUAGGAGUUGAACUCAACACUAACUUUUAAUCUGACUGGGACACAAACAGCAUUUUUCUCUCCCGUACGGGUUUCAUGAAGCUUGUAGGGCCCAACCAUCUCUAUCAGAUGUUAUUAAAAAAGGCUGAUGAUCUUGAGCUAUUGGACAAUACAGUGUGCUUGUGUGCAAAAUAUGGUCACAUAAAUUUUGUUUCUUUAGGGAGCCACCUUCAAGUAGAAACAUCUUUUGAAACCUACAGAUACUAGAUGUUUUUCAAGUGAACAUUCAUGAUUCAAAGUACAUUUCCAAACACUGUCCUGUGACACUACAAGAACGGAAGAAGGUUGUCUAAUUUCAUACCUAUUUCACCAUCUACCGCAUGCUUUUGCAGUUUUCCCUUCCAUGCAAUUUUUCUGCCAAAGUAUUUUGUUUUUCAGAAUUGCAGGGGUGGAGGGGGAAGGUGUGCAGCAUCCAGUUCAGUAUCAACUGUGUCCUGGUCCCUGAAGGCAAAAUGUGCUCAUUUGCUUCCCUGCCUGUGUCUGUAGUUAAUGGUGUGUGUGUUUCUUGUGUAGUCAGUAAUACUGCUCUUGCACAAAAUGGUUGGUGGUUGUGAAUGUCAUCUGGUGACGGACUAUGAUGCCUGUGUAAUCCUAGAGAAAGGUGUCACCUUUAGAAGAAAAGUGCUUUUGUUGGAGAUGGAUCCAGAACAGCACAAGCUGUCUCCAACUGGCCACUGUGUUUCUUCUUCCUCUUGGGACAUCAGUAGUGUUGCCUGUGUGAUGGAGGAGUGAGAGCUCACUGUGCUGCUCUGGGGGAUACUGGUUGCUGCUGGCAGCCUGAUGGGGGCCGCACCUGACCACUGACGCGGUUGUUGCUCAUGCCAGGGAGAGAAGGGCAGGAACUACCAUGUCCAGCACUUUGACUGGUGUAAAUGGUUACGGAUUCACACCCAACAGGACAAGUGAUUCAUUAACAAGAAAAGGGAAAACCGGAAAACAUGGGCCUCUGUUCUUCAAUCAAAUGUAUUUACACUAUGUGACUUGACCCAGGAUGAGUGUGCGUCGCACAGGCAGCAUCAUGAGCGUGUGGGUGGAAGGCCAUGAGAACAUCAGCACAAAGGCAACAGCAUAGGAAGGAGAAGAGAAGAAGAUUGACACAGCAGCUCAGGUGGAAGGCUGCAGAACUGCAAGGGGAAGGCUGGCUGCCGAAGCAUGCACAGAAGGCCCUCGGCGUUGCAAAGCUGAAGGCACUUCUGCGUGUGGUAUGUGCAGCAGCUGAUGUGGCUGGCACUUGCUGUUCCAUGCUAGAAGAGGGUUUACACAAUUAAGUUGUGAUCGCAAGAUUGGACUUGGUGGCCCACACAUUAGAACUUCACAGCUAAGGAGGCAGGGAAGUGGACGCGCUGUCUCUGCGCGGCACGGUUAAGCUCAGGCUUUAUGGUUAAGCUCAGGCUCUAUGGUUAAGCUCAGUCUCAAUGCAAGAAAGAAGAAGUGGGUUCUGUUAAAUUUCUUAAAUGUGAACUGUAAUUUUAAGCUUGUUUCCCUGUUCUUACUUUCUCUCAUUGAUAGGAACCACAUGGCAUGAGCAUGAGCUCUCAGAACAUACCUUUUCAUCAAUGGUUAAAGUUUUAGCAGGCUGGGGGAUAAACUACCCUAUCAUUAUCCUCAGUUGUAAUCUUUGUCGUCGUGGUGUGCGAGUAUGUGUGAGAUACGGUAUUGGGAGAACAAAUAGCGUAAAGCCCCUGUACAGAGUUCUGGAUUUUUUUCCUAGAAAUACAAUUUGUAAUCCAUAAAAAAUAUUUUGUCCAGAAGGAUGUUGUCAGCUAUUUCUGUAUAAGCUAAGAGCUUACUAUUUCUGCUAAACAAUUAGAUGUGAUCAAGGCUUUACUGUAAAAGCAGAGUGCCUGAGGUCACAUCUAUUCACUGAA